AUGUCAGUUAAUCCAGCCGCGGUAACUCCCCCUCGUCCUACUAGGAGACUUGUUAGUCCUGUAGCUUUCCAACAAACCGGGGAUAUCGCGGAAGUUAUUUGUGAUGGCGGGCACCGACACGAAAACAGUCACAGUCUGUCUAUAAAUGUUGAUGGUUCCACACCUUCUACCAUUUCCAUGCCGAAAAUUGAGUCGUGCAUACUUGGGAUAGAAACUUUGGAACAGAGAGAUAAGUUUACUGUGAGUAAUAUAGGGAAAAUUUCGAUAUUGCUUUCGGUUUAGUGAUGCUUGCACUUUUCACACUGUAAUACAUUAAGCAGACGUCACCUCUGGUUUUCUACUCAGCUGUACAAAAUUGAGGUAAACAAUGGCUCGAAAACGUGGAUUAUUUACCGACGAUAUAAAGACUUCGUGCUUUUAAACAAGAAGGUAAGCUUGAUACCUCUCUUGCAUUGCGUUUUGUUGUUUUGUGCAAGCAACAAAUUUACUAUCCGAUGCAGUAUGUCCAAAUUUAAAACUCUACGCUUGUACAGGUUAUAAUGUGGAUCGUGGACUUUUCAGCACGAUGGAGAAGUAUUUGCUACUAAAGAAAUCAGCUGUUUUUCGCUUGUAGCUCAUAGAGAAGCAAGUUCCUCAUUUAAGUUUACAUGUAAGCAUAAUUACGUUCAUUUUUAUUGAGUUUAAUUCUCUAUUGUUAAGCCUUAACCUUAUAUUUUUGCAAAUUUGUUACAGUUGCGACGGCUUUAUCCCCAGUUUCGAUUAAAUUUACCAGCGAAGCGGUUUUUCAAAGACAAUUUUGCAAAAGGUAAGGAAAUGAAAAUUAAUGGCCAAAUCGAUAAUAAUUAUUUGUAAACAAACUACUAUACAGAGAAACACUAUUUUUUGACAAACCUGGUAAAUGCAAUUACCUCAUAAAGUAAGCUUACCGGUAAAUUUAAAUUUUUCGCAAAAGCGAGGUAACGAGUCACAAAAUCGUACAUUAAAAGGGAUUUGUAUUUUGCAUUAGCCAGCUGGGUAAGAGGAAGUUAUUCAAUAAUAUUAUAGUGAUAAUCAAACUAGCUAAUCGCUCGUAGAAUCACAUGAGGCACCUCGUGACAGAAUGGUUUGAUUUCGGUGGUAGUUGAUUAUUAGCUGAAUGUCUUUUCUUUUCAGUACAAGAUUUGUUAGCAUUAAUACUUCAGUUAGCUUAAUAGCCUGCCAAAUCUUUUGAUUUGUUGUAAGGGACUAAUUUGAUCAAAGGAUCGUUAAACUGCAUAAUUAACAUUACCAAAGCACAGCUAAUCAUGGUUUUUCCCCAAGAAGUGUGGAAGUUCAGGUUACAGAAACCCCUUUCUUGAGAGGGGUCAAGGUGUGCAUCAUGAUCUAUUUUCACUUCUGUACUAUGACCUACAAAGCAUUGUUUUACCACUUUCAUUUUCCUUAUGAUGUUAAUUAUGUCCAGAGGGUUCACUGUUAAUUUCUAUUGGCAAAUAGUUGGUGUCAUAAAAUUCUACUAGUAUUCUGUUGAGCACUGUCUACUAAUUUUAUCAAGUAUUAUCUGUGAAAACUUGUGUCUGAUCAGUGGCGCUCACAGAGACUCAUUUUCUAAGUUUAUCAAAUAAAAUCUGUUAGGGAUUUACAUUUUAAAACUCUCGCCGUAUGGAGAAGAUUUUGGACAUUGCAAUUCUUCAUAUGGAUAGCCUAUUUUUAUUAGAAAGGGAUAUGAAAACCAGUCAUAAGGAUUUUGUUAUGGUUUAUUUAUUUUAGCUAUGAUUUGUUGGUUCGACUCUCUGCCAUUACUGAAUUCUGUUCCAGUUACAUGACAAUGACACUAACAGUAUUAGAUCAAGGGUUAAAGCGACGAUUAAUUCUCUUGUUGCGGUUUGAAAUUGACUGUGAAUACAACAGAUUUGGUAUGCGGCACCAGAUUUUGCUCAUUUAUUCAGAAUUUCAAUACCUGCAUUUGCAUACUAUAUAGUAGCAGCAUUGACACAUUUUAAUGGUGUUUUUAAAUUAGGUGUUAAUUGAAUUUUUCCAUGUUUACAUAUAGACUUUAUUGAAAGACGGCAGAGUGGUCUUGAAGAAUUUACCAGGAAUUUGUUUUGUCAUCGAAAUCUUGUCCUUAGGUAAGCUGAAUUUAGCCCAUAACACUUUGUGUUAAAUAUAAAUCUUAAGACUGUGCUCUUGCCAUAGCAGCACUUUGUAGCCUCUUGUGACUAAAUUUUUCUGCAGGGCAACUGGAAAUCUUAGUUUUUGCUUAAAACUUGCUUUCUGGGACCCAUACACCGUAUUCACAAAUGGCGGACACGCGGGAAAAAACUGGGGCCUAGUCAUGAAAGCGAGGCGUUGGAGGGUAAACAAAAAUUGCAAAUGAAGACUUUCAGUGAACUUGCAGAGUGUUUAGCACGGAUUCUACCUAAAAUAACUUUGUAUGGACGUCUUUUUAAAUACAAUGACGUGGAACGUCUUUUGCUUUUAAUGUUUAGUACUGAUUUGCUGUUUGCAAUCACAAGGAACGCGUAUAUCUUCAAGGAAACGGGAUGAUUUUGUAGGUUGCCGAAGCCUCAGAAGCUCGACAAGUGGGUGAUGGCUGGAGAAAAGCGGCAAACAUGUUGGCCCAAACUUCACGCUGAAACCGAAUACGAAAGCCAGUUCACUGCAAUUCUGUAAAACAGAAGUAAAAACAGAUAUUGGUGGCAAGAAAAAAAGAAAAAAGCGACGGAUAGAUGGCCUACUUGUCAACGGAAGAGACCUCCGCCAUUACUCAAAACUGGUCAAGUCGAGAGCGGGUGAUGAAAGAUUCAUUCACGAGACUCAUUAAUUCAUGUCUCAGUGUCAUUUUACACAUAUCUAUGUAUGUCUGUAUUUACAACUUCCUUUGGAUGAUAUCAAUUCCGUCGCUUUGGAGUGAAUUGUUAGAGGUACGUUGGCAGAGCUUAGCAAAUUCAGUGCAAAUCUAAAAUCUUUUGAUUUCUUUGCAUUGCGAAAUAAAAUAAUUUUAUCAAAACUAGAAGCUCUAGUGUGUGAAUCUUAUGGCUUGCUAUUUGCAUGGUCUCCUUUACGGCAUUAUCUCAGAGAGCUCUUUGUAAAAAAGUGGUAUAAAGCUCACAUUUUACUAGGUUAAACUUUUAAGGCAAUGUUUGUGUCAGGACUGAACACGGCAAGCUUCUGUUUCGAAUCAUUAAAUGCGAGUCUGGAUCCGUUUAAGAAGACCAUCAUUUUACUUAUUUAUGUAUUCUUCACUUUUAAAACAUUAUGGAACAUGAACUCUUAACAGCCAAAGAUAAGAAAUAGGAAAAUUACUCGCCGAAAUGAAAUGUGGCCGGCUUACCGAGUCUGCCGCGUGACAAGUCGAAAUUUUGAGCGUACUCCACUCGAUCGCUCCUGCAUUUAUACCAAAAAGAUAGUUCUAAUUGAGGUCCUUCAUCGAUAAAGACCAGAGAAUAGCGUCCUGGCAAAUAAACACCAAACAUAACUUCAUCGAAACCUCAGUCACCGCUUCUUUCCUGUCUUCAUUUUUUCCAUCUCGAUUUGAACUGUUUUGUUCAAUGGCACACGUUUCUUGCGUUAACAAGUAGGCCAUAUAUCCAUCGCUUAUUUCUUUUUUUCUUGCCCCCAAGAUUUGCAUUGUUUAUAUUUCUGUUUUACCGAAUUGCAGUGAGCUGGCUUUCGAACUCGGUUUCAAUGUGAAGUUUGGGCCAACAUGUUUGCCGCUUUUCUCCAGCCAUCGCCCACUUGUCGAGCUUCUGAUGCUUCGGAAACCUACAAAAUCAUCUUGUUUCCUUGAAGAUAUACGCGUCCCUUUUGAUUGCAAACAGCAAAUCAAUACUAAACAUUAAAAGCAGAAGACAUCCCACGUAAUUGUAUUUUAAAAGAAGUCCGUACAAAGUUAUUUUAGUUGGAAUCCAUGCUAAACACUCUGCAAGUUCACUGAAAGUCUUCAUUUGCAGUUUUUGUUUACCCUCCAACGCCUCGCUUUCAUGACUAGGCACCAGUUUUUUCCCGCGUGUCCGCCAUUUGUGAAUACGGUGUAUGUUUUCAAAAAAUUCCUACCAUUUUUCUCAGAGCUCAUGAGUCUAGUAUUAAUGAUUUUUUUUUGUAAUAUUCUGCUUGAAGUUGGUUGAGCUGUUUUCUGUUACCUAAAACUUACCUAAAGCCAUUUGCAGGCUGGCACUUCGUGGCCUUAUGUUCCAGAUGCAAAUAUAAGCUUCCAACGUUUGGGCAUGUGCAGGAGCAAAAUUUCGAGAUAGUUUGUAGGUUUGAAAGUGACCCAGCAGUCUUGACUUUUUCCUUUCACUCCCCUUCCCCCCUCUUCUUUUGCUUUUCUUGCCCCGUUUUUUUUUUUUCUGGGCAUUUACAAGGCUUCAUUUUGGUGGGAAAAGCAUUCUGGGAAAACUUUGGGGAUCUUAGGAUAAGGUGGAAGAAAUAGUGGGUGUGUAGUGGAACAAGAUUUUCUUCCAAAAUUUUUCAGGUCAAUUUUUUGUGGGUUUUUGCCUUUUGCUCUGGCCUGCUUGACUUAGUCAUGCUCAUUCUGACAUCACAAGCAAUGGAAGGGACUUGAAUCUGCACGGGCAGUUCAGGGGUGAAUGGGUUAAUAUUAUUUUUUGAGAAUUCAUCCGAUUAAUAAGGAUUUGAUUUUCUAAUAACUUUUCUAUGUUGAUCUUAUUUUAUCAUGACCAGUGACCCAGUUCAGAGAUUUUACCGACUGAUUAAUCCACCACAACCCAGUGAAAGUUUGGAAGCUAGCCUGGUAUGUAAAUUUUAAGCAUGUUACACUUGGGAGUAAAUAGAUAAUGUUUUUUCAAGUAAUUAAGAGCACCUUUAGUAUUUCUAAAUAUUGGUCUAUAUUCAUUUGAGUCUCCUGUAAGCAACCACUCAAAGUGGGCAGAUGUAGUGGUCGCUUAUGGGAGCAGGGGCACCCAACGUCAAUUUUCGGAAAAUAUCUGUUCGGAAGACGAUUUGGAAUCUAGAAUUUUCGGAAAAUUUGAUUGCCUGCCUCUCCCAGGAUUUUCAAACAUCUA